GGAGAAACUGGGACAAAAGUCACUGGAGAUGCCAGAUUAUUACACGUCACAUAUUUCCGUCGCUAUGAUUGGUCGAGAGGACGCUAAUUUACUUCAGCAGAGGUAGCUAACGUCCAGUCGGUUCAUUUUAUGCUGAAGGAUCAACAAUGCUGCUCAAUAAGGUGUUCAGAGCCAGCCUUCGCUCUGGGAUUCGUCUGCAGAGCUCCAGUGCUGCUGCAGCCGCUGCAGCUUCCAGCGGCCAUGCAGGAGCUCCCGGCUUCUCAUUCGAACUGACGGAUCAGCAGAAGGAGUUCCAGCAGCUGGCGAGGCGCUUCGCUCGAGAAGAGAUGAUUCCCGUGGCAGCUGCUUAUGACAGAAGUGCUGAAUAUCCGUUCCCCAUCAUCAAGAAGGCUUGGGAGCUCGGCCUGAUCAACAGUCACAUCCCACAGCAGUACGGUGGAAUGGGCCUGUCAAUCUUUGACGCCUGCCUGAUCACAGAGGAGCUGGCCUACGCCUGCACUGGGAUGCAGACGGCCAUCGAGGCAAACUCUCUGGGACAAAUGCCUGUAAUUCUUGCUGGAAAUGAGGAGCAGAAGAAGAAAUACCUGGGAAGGAUGACGGAGGAGCCGCUGAUGUGUGCGUACUGCGUCACUGAACCCGGAGCCGGUUCUGAUGUGGCCGGACUAAAGACCCGAGCUGAGAAGAUGGGAGACGAGUACGUCGUCAACGGCCAGAAGAUGUGGAUUACCAACGGAGGGAAAGCUAACUGGUACUUCCUCCUUGCUCGCACCAAUCCUGAUCCCAAAUGUCCAGCCAGCAAAGCUUUUACUGGCUUCAUCGUGGAAGCGGAUACUCCAGGGAUUCAGAUCGGAAGGAAGGAGAUGAAUAUGGGUCAGAAAUGCUCGGACACCAGAGGCAUCACGUUCGAGGACGUCAGGAUACCGAAGGAGAACGUUCUGAUCGGAGAGGGAGCCGGGUUCAAAAUCGCUAUGGGUGCCUUUGACAACACCAGGCCACCAGUGGCAGCCGGAGCAACAGGCCUGGCCCAGAGGGCUCUGGAUGAAGCCACCAACUACGCCCUGGAGAGGAAAACCUUUGGCAAAGUUAUUGCUGAGCACCAGGCCGUGUCGUUCCUCCUGGCUGAGAUGGCCAUGAAGGUGGAGCUGGCCCGGAUGGCGUACCAGCGAUCCGCCUGGGAAGUGGACCAGGGCCGCAAGAACACCUACUACGCCUCCAUCGCCAAGGCCUUCGCCGGAGACAUCGCCAACCAGGUGGCCGCCGACGCCGUCCAGAUCUUUGGAGGAAACGGCUUCAACAGCGAAUACCCAGUGGAGAAGCUGAUGAGGGACGCCAAGAUCUACCAGAUCUAUGAAGGCACGGCUCAAAUCCAGAGGCUCAUUAUCGCCAGAGAACACCUGGGAAGAUUCAAGAAGUGAAGAAGAUCCGUCCUCACCCUCAGUGAUUUGCUGUUAGCCUGUAGCUCCUGUACAUAACGCGUUUCUGUAAAACGGACCCGGCCUCUAACCCGGGAUGCAGCUACAAUGUUUUCUGCCUUAUCGAAAGAUUCAGAUCAUCAAUCUGAGUCACCAGGUCCUGAUUCUGCUGAAAACCACUUUAAAUGUGACGAUUAAAACUCGUUUCCAAGCCCAAAAUAACACAUAAGGCUGUAAAAAAUAUAAUUUCUCCAGUGAACAGUUUAGCUGCUUAUGGUUUUUAUCAGAAAUGCAUCUUUAAGCAUUGAUCAGUCAUUGAACUAAAGCUGCUGUUAAUCUUGUACAUCAGUAACUCAGAUCCAGUUUUCUGUAAAGAUUAAUGUCACUCACAUCUUCAGCCUUUAAUAAUAAUCUUGCUCAAUAUUUUUGCCAUAUUUUGCCUUGAACAUCCGUCUGACUUUAAGAUCAAAUUUGUAAAAUAACUUUCAGUUUGAACAGAAUGUGUAGAAAGAUGUUUAGAAGUAUGUUUUGCAUGUCUAAAAAGCAGGUUUUUUUAUCUUGUCAAUAAUAUUUUGCCUGUUUUUAAAUCUAAAAUGAGAUUAAAACAGUUUUACAGUCAGAUUUCUUCAGACUUCUCUGGGAUGUAAUUCUGUACUGCUCAGUGUUUUCUGAGCCUGUUUGCCAUCAACUCAUUAAAUUAUUACACUUCUGCUCAAAA